AUGGUCUCUACAAAGCAACUAGCAUUGGCUGCAGCCAUGCUGUCUGUCUGUGGACUUAGCCACGCAGAGAGUAACAUUACUUCCGAUACUUACUUCUAUGGGCAGUCUGAGGCAGUUUACCCCUCGCCCAAUGGUAAUGGAUCUGGUGACUGGGCCAAGGCCUAUGAGAAGGCCGCAGCACUUGUUUCCAAGAUGACUUUGGAAGAAAAGAACAACCUCACGUACGGGAUCAGUACCACCGAGAAUGGAUGCUCUGGAAAUAUUCCGCCUAUUCCUCGCCUAGGAUUUACCGGACUCUGUCUCCAGGAUGCAGGAAAUGGCGUCCGGUCAACCGACUUCGUCAAUAGCUACCCCAGUGGAAUCCACGUUGGCGCCAGUUGGAACAAGACCCUGGCCUACGAGCGCGGCUGGCACAUGGGUGGAGAGUUCAGAAAGAAGGGAGUUCAGGUAGCCCUGGGUCCGGUUGUUGGCCCCUUGGGUCGCGUUGUCACUGGUGGAAGGAACUGGGAAGGACCCUCUAACGAUCCCUACCUCGGUGGUGCAAUUGCCGCCGCUACUGUCAAGGGAACACAAGAGCAAGGUGUCAUUACAAGCGUGAAGCACUUCAUCGCCAACGAGCAAGAGCUUUACCGCAACCCUACCACCAACUCCGAAAACCAGACGGUGGAGUCCGUCUCCAGCAAUCUCGACGAUAAAACCAUGCAUGAGUUGUAUCUUUGGCCAUUCCAGGAUGCUCUCAAGGCAGGCACAGCAAACAUCAUGUGCUCUUACAACCGAGUGAACAACUCUCAUGGGUGCCAGAACAGCAAGACUCUGAAUGGUCUGCUUAAGACCGAGCUUGGCUUCCAGGGCUUCGUUGUGACCGACUGGUACGGGCAGCACUCAGGAGUUGCAGCGGCGAAUUCUGGUCUGGAUAUGGCGAUGCCUGAUGGUGAGACCUUCUGGGGUAACAAUUUCACCGAGGCUUUCAAGAACGGCAGUGUUUCCGUGUCACGUCUAGAUGAUAUGGCUACUCGUAUCAUUGCCGCUUGGUACCAAGUGGGACAAGAUGACUCGAGCUUCCCAGCUCCAGGUGUUGGAAUGCCUUACAAUAUCAGUGAGCCUCACACUAUUGUUAAUGCGCUCACUCCGGAUGCGAAGCCCGUUCUCUACGAAGGUGCCGUGGAAGGCCAUGUCCUGGUCAAGAACAUCAAUAAUGCUCUACCACUACAAUCUCCCAAGUUGGUCUCUGUAUUUGGUUGGGAUGCCAAGGCUCCUGAUACCAUGAUGCCUAACGGACAGAGCCUUAUGUACAACCCCUGGACUCUUGGCCUGGAACCUGCAAUUUACCAGACCGGUGAAGUAUUCAUAAGCACUGGUCUUGACGUGCCUGAUUAUUACCAAGUCGCAUUCAACGGCACCCUCUCCAUGGGUGGAGGCUCCGGUGCUAACAGUGGGCCUUAUCUAAGUGCACCACUCGAUGCUCUGCAGCAGCGAGCCUAUGAGGAUAACACCGUCCUAAUGUGGGAUACCUCUGUGUCCCCCUCUUCAAUCGGGCUGAUGGAGGCAUCCGAUGCCUGCUUGGUCUUCAUCAACGCCUUCGCUACCGAGAGUAUGGACCGUCCUGGACUUCGUGAAGACUACUCCGAUGCCCUGGUGAAGAAAGUUGCAUCAACCUGCGCUAAUACCAUUGUUGUCAUUCACAACGCCGGAACUCGCCUGGUCGACCAAUUUGCUGAUCACGAGAAUGUUACGGCUAUUGUCUUUGCCCACCUACCCGGUCAAGAAUCCGGUCGUGCAAUCGUGAACCUGUUGUACGGCGACGAGAACUUCAGCGGCAAGCUUCCCUACACCGUUGCUAAGAACGAGUCCGACUACGCGACCCUGUUCCACUCUAACGCAGUCACUCCCUACGGCCUCUUCCCUCAGUCAGACUUUGACGAGGGCCUCCUCACUGAUUACCGCUACUUCGACAAGCACGGUAUCACCCCUCGCUAUGAGUUCGGCUUUGGUCUCUCGUAUACUACCUUCUCCUUCUCCGACCUCAAGGUCUCUGCGCCCAAGAAGAAAAUCGCCGCCUACCCCAGCGGAGCCAUCGAGCAAGGUGGUGCUGUCGACCUGUGGGAGACCGUCGCAACCGUCACCGCCGAUGUUCGCAAUACCGGCCGUAAGUCUGGCGCUGAAGUCGCUCAGAUUUACCUCGGUAUCCCUGGUGGCCCCGUAAAGCAGCUCCGUGGAUUCGAGAAAGUCCUGAUUCCUGCUGGCAAGUCUCUCAAGGUGACUUUCCCCUUGACUCGUCGUGACUUGAGUACUUGGGAUGUUGUUGCUCAGAAGUGGUUGCUCCAAAGUGGAAGCUAUAACAUCUAUGUUGGCUCUUCCAGCAGGGAUCUGCCUCUGACGACGACUAUGGACGUUACCACUAGCUCCUGA